AUGUUUAUUCUCUUCAAAGAUUGCUGGUCAGGAGUGCUUUCAUCAAGAAUGAUUACUUCUGGAUUAGACGAAGGUAGUUCUCAUAAUCCAAACAAGCCGCUGCUCAAGCCGGCUUUGCAAGGCUUGGAAAUAACUUUCCGGUUUAUCUCGACCGCCUUGUCGGAUCCGAGGCCGUACGCGAACCGGCGAGAAUGGAAGCGGAGGUUGGAGUCCCUGGCGAGGAGUCAGGUUGAAAUCAUCGUUAUGUUGUGCGAGGAUGAAGCGGAGGAUGGAGUGACAUGUGGCGCGGCUCCAAUUGUGGAUCUGACGUCAUCAGACGGCACGUUGGCUCGUCGGAACAGCUCGGCGGAGGUGUGGAAGCUCUCCGAUGAGGUCACAGUAGUGAGCCGAACGAUCGAGGCUAGCUUGUUGCCCCGCUUGGUAACAUGGCGGAAAUCGGAGGAUAUCGCUCAGAAUAUCCUCGAUUUCAUAGAGAGCGAGAUGCGCAAAUGUCCGGUAGGUUUAGGUGAAGCGAAUCUCAACGGUAAACCUAGCCUCGACUACGAUGCUAUUGUCAAGCCCUCGGAGCUUCAUUCCCUGAAGAAAUCCCCAAUGUUUCUGCAAAAUUUCGAGAAUCAAACUCUCUACACUACUCACCAGAUCCUCGAAUCGUGGAUCUGCGCGUCCAAAUCAAUCCUAAACCGAAUCGCGGAGCAAAUCGAAUCAAAAUCCUUCAGAAACGCCGCGAGCGAUUGCUGGAUACUGGAGAAAACCUGGAAUCUGUUAACCGAAAUCGAAAACCUCCAUCUCUUAAUGGAUCCCGACGACUUCCUCCGCCUAAAGCACCAGCUAUCGAUCAAAGUAACCGCCGAAUCGCAACCGUUCUGCUUCCGAUCGCGAGGACUGGUGGAAAUCACGAAGCUCUCCAAGGAUCUGAGGCAGAAUGUCCCCGGCAUUCUGGACGUCGAAGUCGAUCCCAACGGCGGCCCUAGGGUUCAGGAGGCGGCGAUGAAGCUGUAUGCGGAGAAGGACGGUUUCGAGAGGAUCCAUUUGGUUCAAGGCUUGCAGGCAAUUGAAAUGGGCGUGAAGAGAUUUUACUAUUCGUAUAAGCAGCUUUUGACGGUGGUUAUGGGGAGCUUAGAAGCCGGAGAUUCCGGCGAUUCGUUGGAUCAGGUGUUCCUUGAGCCGACAUAUUUUCUGAGCUUGGAUGCGGCGAAGACGUUCUUGGCGGUGCACGGGAGCAUGUGAA